CGGUUAUCGCGAUUUCCUUUUGUUCGUUUUUUUAAGUCGGAAGAAGUCGUGGAGUGCGCGGCGGGGCCAAAUUCCGAUUUCAGCGUUCGGUAGCGCUGCAUAUUUAGACACGGCGCCGGUGUUACGUGUCGCGUUUCCGAAUACUCGCCGUGGUCGUAGGCUCGGCGUCCCGCGUAGUCCUUUGUGCCAGUCGUGUGAUGCACGGACGAAAACCCAGUGCCCACCGUCAGCGACAGUCGGUGCACGUGAGACUGCCGGAGUACAACAAAUCACACUGCUGUCUCGCCGCAUGCGUAUACCUGCCAACUGCACCGGUGUACUUCGGUUUGCGCGGCCCUGAUGUGAAAGCGGCGAGUCAUGGCGAAAUGUCGUGUGCCGGGGCGUUACUUGCUCCUAGCCCUACUCUUCGUCGGCAACACGAUCCUCUCAACACACAAGUUUGACCUGGGCAUUGCAAUUUUGGCCAUGACUAACCAGGUUCCCGCCACAGACGAAGCGGCCAGUCUUGCACCCGGUGAUUCCUGGCUCCAGCAUGACAAUGACACAGUAGCGACACAUUUCAAUGCUUCUAGCAUUGCUGUAGUGAACAGCAGUGUGGAAACUGAAGACAAUGCCCUCCUCACCACCACACCUGCAGUUUCACUGGAGGAGGAAAGCACAGGAGCACCUGUAUUCUCGUGGUCACCUUCAGUGCAAGGUGUCAUCCUGGGUGCAUACUUUUACGGAGUAAUUAUGCCGCAGGUUCUGGGUGGUCGCCUGGCGGAGCGCUUCAGUGCCAAGUGGACCCUGCUGGCAGGGCUGCUUGCUUCCUCGGCACUGACAUCGGCAACACCAUGGAUAGCCACGUUAGGUGUCGCACCUCUGGUUGCGCAUAGGAUACUCCUGGGAUUUGUGCACGGUCUGAGUAUGCCAUCAUCAGUUGCCCUGGUGGCCCGGUGGGCGCCCCGACAGGAGCGGUCAACCUUUGUAGCCGUGGUGUUCUGCGGCCGGUACAUGGGCAUCGUGGUGGCCACCCUGCUCUUCGGUCACCUCUCCUCCAUGUCAGUGGCUGGAGGGUGGCCCUUUGCCUUCUACAUGUCUGGGCUACUGGGGUUCCUGUGGCUAGCCCUGUGGUACUUCCUGGCCUUUGACGAUCCGGCUCGUGACCCAAAGGUGUCUGCUGCUGAGCUUCACAAUAUACAGGGAGCGAAUGGAGGUGGACCACUCAGGGCUAGCACAGCGAAGCGGCCACUGCCAUGGCGAGCCGUGUUCACGUCUGCACCUGUGUGGGCCCUGGUGGCAGCCCGGUUUUCCAACCUGUGGGUCUCCAUGCUGCUGUUCACGAAGCUGCCAGCGUAUGUUGAAGGCGUCCUCGGGAUGUCCCUGCCUCAGAAUGCCAACUUCAGCGCACUCGUGUUUGCCUUCACCAUCGUGUCAAUGCUGGGCUCCGGUGUGAUCGCAGACUGUCUGCUUCGUUGCGGCCUCCAGACUACACUUGUCCGGAAAGCAUUUCAGCUCACUGCCAACUUUGGCCCCACGCUGUGCCUUCUGUGUCUGACCAUGGCCGGAGCGAACCGAUGGCUCGUGCUGUUCCUGCUGGUCAUCGGCAAGGUCACACUGGGUGCCUUCACGGCCGGCAAUGCGGCUGCCGUGGUUGAUUUGGCUCCAAUGUACUCUGCUACCCUUAAUGGGAUGAUUACAACAUUUGGACAGACCACAGGAGUGCUGGCUCCUUUGGUUGCUGGACUGCUGUCAUCCUCUGCAAAAGGCGACAAGGUGACACAGUGGAUGCACAUCUUCUACCUUGCAGCCGCCGUAAGCUUUGCUGGCGGUGUUGUGUUUGCCAUCUUCGGCUCAGCCGAGCGACAGCCUUGGGCCGACCCCGGCAGCAUGGCCACCACCAAGGAACAACAAUCAGUCCCGCCGUCGAACUCUGCUGACCUGGUGGCAUCUGCAGAAGAUGGUGUCAAUAUCGCAGCCAGCACAGCACUUCUUGGUACACCAGCAUCACCAGACACAGCAGAGAUGUCACCCACCAAGAAGCUUUGACACUAGUGAGGUUUUUGGAGACUGCUUCCUUGGUGUAGUUGGCAUUGCUCUGAGACUGCUUAGCUUUGGUUUGACGGCAGCAGAAGUGAUUGACGCUGAAGAACACAAUGUACAGAUGUGUGAAGAACAACUUCCAUUUGCGCUUGUAACGCAAAUGGAUACGAAGCGAUUGACUAACGUCGGUUAAGUCUAAUGGUGCAUUCGACUGAUCAGUUUUGACCACCCUGAGCAUUCCGGGGAUGAGAUUUACAUUCGGCUGAUCGAAACUGAGCAUUCAAAACACAUUUGUGUGGUUCAUCCAUUGUGCCACACUCUGGUUCAGAGCAGUUACAUGCAUUCUCACCUUCAAGCUGGUAUUGCAACUGGAAUUCGACAGAAUUCCAACCACUUAGCUCCUCUGAUUCCUGUGCGAACAGCUGAAUGUUUGGCCCGGACAGACUUUCUGUGGCUCCCAUCUUGAGAGAUCUCUGUAACACCGAGCUCGGUAAGAACCAGUCAAAUGCACUGCAAGGAAGACAAGCACAGCGCUCUGGGCACAGCCUUUCUGUCACAUUGUGUUUUCGUGUGCCGUUCUUGGCCAGCUCUGAAUAACCAACUCGCUGAGGCUUUGAGUUUGUAUAGUAGAAAGUGAGCGCAGGUGUCACUAAGUGCCUUGUCUUUCCAAACUCCUGCACAUGCCAAGCUACUGCGAGUUUACAAUCAUUGUAUACAUAUGCUUAGAGGUGUCGCACGUUGCUGCCAUCUUUAGUCUGGCUGCCAAAAGGAAAGGCUUGAUGUCGUGCAAGGUGUGGAGUAGGCUUGAAAUGGGAAAAAUUCCGGGGCGAAAAUUGUGGACUUCUGGAGCUGUCAUACUUUUGUACUGACUAGUCAUUAAUAUAUACAGCUAAAGCUGAACUUUGUGCUGGUUGGUGACACAAUACUGGAGUGCUUGAAAGCAGUUUGUGAAGGGCUUGGAAAUCUGAAAGGAGCACACUGCAAGUUUUGUGGAUCCUGGGUCUUUUUAACAGGCGUCACUUGCAGUGGCCCAGGAAAGCAGUCCAGGGCACGUGUCUUGUAUUCUAUUUUUUUUUUCUCAUUUUCCUUUUCUCGUCAUACGCUGCAGUGACUGGCAUCAGCCAGCCAUGACAGCAGAGCAGUAGCAUCCAGGCCAAUGAUAAAGAGAAAAAAAAUUUUAAAAAUGGAUUGCGAAAAUGCUAAAAAAUGUCUCCACAGGUACAUUGAUUGAAUACAAUAUAUCUGCAGCUACUGAAGAAUGGGUGAAGUGACCUUGUUGCGUAAAAAAGUUUACUUGGUUAUUUGCUUAAAUAUGAUAGAUCAAAGCCCACCUGUUGCCAGGGGGCCAUACAUCGUGACUACUUUUUUCUCGUUCUAUAGGGCUGGUGGUGAUGUCAAAAGCGCAAAAUCAAUAUCGAGCAGUUUUACAUCAGCAUAUUGACGUGGGUCCUUCCACAAUUCACAAGCAUUCUAAAAGACGAUUCUUUGGCACUGCUUUGCAGGGAUCAGUCUAUAUAGGCAUGCUAAUUUUACAGUGGUAGCUGUUGCAAGUUCUUUCAGCUGUCGAUAGGUUUACACAUCCAUCCAUAAGCCACUAAGCUAGCUACGUUAUACAACCUAGGUACAGCUGAUGCUGGACAUACCAAACCUAUACAUAUCAAAUUAUUGUCUAUUGGGGGUGAGGAGUUACGGAGUCGCCAUCUGUCGGAAGCGCCGCCCUUGCGUAGUAUGAGGGAUCACGUAGCACGCUCCUCAUAGGUUUCGCUUACGGCGCUCAAUAAAAACACCAUGCGUCAGCCCUCCUGGAUAUUUAUGUAGGUACUCUCAAAAUGAGGGAAGUUUUUGACUGUUGAUAUAAUAAUCUUGGGCAAACUGAAAGCACAGAAUUGUUUACAGACGCUAUCUCUUUACCAAAUACAUACAGUGAACGCCACUGCGCGCGGUCGCCGCGAUGGAGUCUCCCGAACCGGCUUCUUGCGUGAAAGGUACGCAAACCCUGAGAGUAAACUAUGUGAAAUAUGUUCUACUAGUGGGCUGUCUGUAUAACCAAAUGGGGCAUAACAGAAUGAAGCCGCAAUGCAGCGGUCGCACGGGUUCACAGCGGCCGACUCCGCGUCUGCAUGCAUGUCCGCACACAAUGUUUUGCUUUCGCUGUGAGCGCGUUUUCGCACCGUGCCGUGAGCUUUAGGCCUUAGCAUAUGAGCAUUUGACAGUACACUAGUAGAACCAUUGUUGUGUGGACACUGUCAGAACUGUUAAAAAAUAAUUUAAUUAUAGAAACUUCGACGCCUACGGCCACUGUGAUGUGCAGUCGCGACAAUUCAAUCUUUUUUGUCUUCUAAAUUCUUGGUAAUUUAAAUAUUAUUUUUCAAGUUGAGUCGCACUGUAUGUUUAUCGGUCUUAGCGUGUGAUUUCCCUCUGCUUCUUUUUUGUAAUCCAGUGCAUUAAUUCAUAACACAAACAUGACCAUAUAUGCUGGGCCUUUUUUUUAAUGUGCGUCUUACCGCUCCCUUUCCGUUCCAGUGAACUUGCCAGUAUCUAGCAUCGACAAGUUCACGGACCAAACCGUCAUGACGUUAGCCGGGCAGCAGGCAUGGGCGAGCGUCUGAGUGCGUGUUUUCUGCCACUCAUCGAACACCGCGCAUGCAGUCCCGGCGCCGUAGCAGAAAUGUUCCUUGCAUCUGUGCUUGCUGCAUACCCGAGUUGUAGCCGAUGGCUGUCUGCCGGUUCUAAGUUUUGCCAGCCAAGCUUCACGCAGCACCUUGCCUCAUGGCUACGUGUGAAUAAGUCUGACAGCAGGCUCCAUUGCGUACGUCCGGCGCUGCGGAACCAAGCAGUAGCCUACCAUGCUGCACACCUCCAAAGGCAGCCACUACCUAU